AUGGAGUCGUUUCUUCCUAGGGGCGGUUUCCAACUGCCUUUCCAACGCCGACUGAGCAGGCUCUACAAUGACACGAAAAAGUCUUCCGACUUUGUCAAGGAGUCGGCUCCGAGCCUUGACGAUCCCGACAUCAAGGCUUUACACCGAAAGCUACGGAUUCAGAAGGACCGCUUGGUUAGUUGGGGUUUGGAAUGGUCUGAUCCGAAUCAAGCUGCCGAGAUCGACGAGUCCCUUUCCAAGGCAGGCUUAAGCGAUCUCGUGGGUAGUAUUAUGGCCACUAUCAAAGACAUACUUGCGGAGGCUGAACCCCUGUGGCUGGCCUCCCGGCAAACCGUUGGAGGUGAAAAGAGGUCCGAAAAAGCAACUGGUGACCGAAAAACCCCCUUGAUUGUUUGGGAUAAAGGAAGAUUUGAGGACCUAGUUACGGACUUAACCGCAUCCAUCGACACCCUUUGCGAACUAUCUAGGACGCGUUCCUCUGCCGCAGUGUCUUCGAGAGCCAGAUCGUUUAAGCCUACUGCCUCGACCGAAGACUUGCGGCCUUAUAGCUCUACGAGAAUCCAAACUCCGCAGCAGAUCGAUCUUCAGACGCUGACAAGCCUAAAGUCGAUGCAAACCAUGCCCAUAUCAGAAUCGGGAACGGGUCGCAGCCGACCACAAGAAAUAUUCUUCAUGGGCAGGCAAGCCUACGUUGAGCUAACGAAUCGACAAGGGCCGCAGCCUUCGUCCCCUUUACUAGUCGAAUAUGCACCAUUCGAUCCGAUAUACUCGGCGACCGGCAUCAUGCCGGACAUGUCUCGGUUCGAGAAGUUGAGCGCUGGUCUUCAAACGGACUCGCAUAGAUCACCAGGCUCGUGGAUUGGCCUUCCCCUUCUUUUGGGCUAUUAUGAAGACAUGAGGGAGUCAAGGCUUGCCCUAAUAUAUCAUUUCCCUCCUGGAUUCAACCCAGUGACCUUUGAGAAUUUCACUCAGAAUCCUUUAGACAGCCUCAACACACUUGAGGAACUUUUAUAUAGACCCGACUUCGAACCGACGUUGGAGGCUAAAUUUCGUCUCGCUCAUAAUCUAGCGAAUACGGUAUUCGAUAUGCAUGCUAGACAGAUUGCUCAUGGGAACCUUAGCGCAUCUGCAAUAUCAUUCUGCAAUACCGUCGGCAACGAUCCAGGAUUACCCGUAGGUGAGGUAGAUAUCAGGAGACCGCUCGUUUCAUCCUUUGAUGUCUUUCCCGACGAAUCUUCGCAUACCGACUCACCGUCUACUUUUCUCUUACAUCGCCAUCCUCUUGACCCCCGGACGACCAGCCAAUCGCCUCUUGCGUCAAAUAGCGAUACUCGGACUCUAGAUUUAUAUUCAUUAGCUAUGAUGCUCGUCUCCAUUGGUCUCUGGACUCAGCUCGACAACCUCGUCCCGGACCGAAAUUCUCCUAGUAUCUCCGAGUCGGUGCUCCAACAGCUAGCGAUACGUUGCGGUACACCUUAUAUGCGAGCUGUCCAGGCAUGUUGGAAUGCGGUCGAUCAAGAACUCGUUCAUCCUGGUUCUACCGAAGAGAUUUUAAGCCAGGUUCAGAUCAGGGUCAGCCGUUACUUAGAAGCUUGUUGUAUAUUGGACGGGUUAAGUGGGUUAGACGAGCGAUUGAGUGAUGAUAAUGAUAGAUUUUCUCCUAAGAGAGAAGUUAAACUCGAGCCUACAUCUGAGCCUCUAGCAGGUCCAUCUGCGAGCACGCGAUCUAGUCAUAGUAGAAUUGCUCGGCAGACUUCGAGUAAAGAAGUGUCGGAGACUAUCGCCGUUGAUACCAAGCAGGGACUACAAGACAACAAACCUCGGGAAACGACAUCAGAGCGCUCACGGGGCGCACGACCAAAACUCCGCCUAUAUCCUCAAGUACCCCUCUCGGCUGAGACAAUUGAGCAAUGGCAUAGUACCCUUAUGCCACAAAUCAACAUGGCCUUGCGACAUUUCUAUCGUAAAAACCCCGAAUCUGUCGAGAUCUCGCUUGAAUCCAUCGGGGAGUCACCCCAGAAGACCCAACCGACUGUGUUAGUCGUCUGCACCUCAGUGAGUACGGUCCGGGCUAUUUUAAAGAAGAAACUCGGUGUAUUCUUCGAUGGGACAACUGGUUUUUCUCUUAAAGUCUGUCGCGGCUCCAUGGUACGCUCUCGAAAGGGACCGACGAGGAGUAUGGCCAAAGGUCAGCAUGCCAACUCCCCUAGCGAUUAUGGUAACGAAAGCGAAGGUGAGACGGAUGACCCCGAGGCCGCGAAUCCUGGUUUCCAGGAGAAACCGCAAAGUGGUGCUAGCAUUGGUUCGUGGAUAGGUGACAAACAUCUUCCACCAGUCAGUUUUGGCGGUCUGAUCGUCGUUGAUGAUAAGGCCUAUGGAAUGACUGUCCAUCAUAUGUUAGAUGAUCCAGAACAGGCUAUGCAUUCGGUUCCUUCUGAGGAGGCCAAGAGAGCUAAUGCACCUCCUCGAAGUAGCGCCACGGCGGAACGCAUAGCAUCCUUCCAGGAAGAAGAUUCAUCAGCCGAGGAUAGCAGCGACGACUUCGCCGGAGAAUUCUCAGAUUCCGAGUCGGAAUUUUCUCUCACAGAUAUCACUAGUGAUGAUGAAGAUAGCGACGAAGACGAGGAGGAAGAAUAUACCGAUCCCGGAGAUAUCCCAGGUGUCGAACCAGGUUGCGGAGAUGGAUAUAUAGUAACACAGCCCGCUCUUGACGACGUGCCCGAUGGAUUCUAUCCCUCGGAAGAGACGAUGGAUGAGGAUCAUAUUGACACAUACAAACUUGGCGAGGUUUAUGCUUCUUCCGGAAUACGUCGGCGUAACGAAAAUGGACUGAUUCACGAGAUUGACUGGGCCUUGUUUGAUUUCCAAGACGAAAGGUUACCACAUGACAAUCUUAUCCCCCGCGCUGCGUCUGGUAGCGCUCAUUCUACUACUUCGGUAGGAAACAUUCAUCCGACAGAAGUAGUCCCGGCAAAGUCUCUACCGGGGUUGGAAGUUCAAUGCAUUGCGCGUACAAGUGGUCUACAGAUGGGUCAUAUUCUACCUGCUUUAACCUCUGUCAAAAUAUACGGUCGGACAUCCCCAAGCCACACGUACCAAGUCAGCGGUCGACGAUCCAGCCCUCGUAGAUAUCCUCUUCCUGCUACGGAAGACCCACCUAAGGUGUACCCUCGCUCGAUUCUUCCUUUAGGAGUGCCUGGCGACUCGGGUGCUUGGGUAGUUGACCGUCCGGAAGGUCGUCUCUGCGGACACGUCCUAGCCUGGAGCGAGCGCAAACAAGUAGCCUACAUCUGUCCAAUGGAGGUCCUACUCAUCGACAUCGCAGAGACGUUAGAAGCAAGAGAUAUCCGUCUCCCAGGUGGUAGUGCCAUCAUCAGCUUAGCUAGAGGUCAUCCUGAGGAAGUUGUCGAAGUUUCUGAUUUAGAAGAUUGGAGCGAGCAAGGUAGUAUGGUCUAUGAGGAAGAGAGGGGGAAUACCCCCGCAUUACACGAAAUUCAUGAUGUUGGCGAUGAUCCCUAUACCGAAAACCCUAGCGGAUCCAAGAGGCUUUCGGCUAUGAAGCGAGAGCAGCGGUUUAAUCGUCGAAGCGGGUCUAAAGGCUUAGCUUCUGAUAUGGAUAAGAUGCACUUAUAAAUGAUUAUAUGUGUGAAUGAUGGGAUAUAGGAGUUUGGGUGGAAUGGAAUGAGGUGGUGAGAUACCCCUUAGACACAUUGGUUACUAGCUAAAAUAGAUGUGAGCAAAUGUAUCACAACACUUGGCUGGAAAUCUAGCCGGUAACCAUUUUAUCUUCAUUGCCAAAAUACGAGUUCUUGCACAUUGUUUCUCCCUGUUACAACCCUUUGUAUCUUCUGAGUUACCCUGGGUUGACCAAUCAUACCAAUGGGAUGUUGUGUUACCCAUCGUGAUGAUAGCCACGGUAGAGUGGGGUACGAAACCCCACCACUAACAAUCACAGGGGGCGUUCCACCACGAAAAGACCUUACUAAAGACAAAACAAAUCAUAGGGAAUACAACUCGCAAUUCGUUCUGGGGUAUCUACCUAUAUCAUAUGAAUGGUGAAAAACAAAGCAACCUGUGACCUCAUUGACUGCCACCAAGUGCUACCGAAGUGUGUCAAGCUGCAUCUUUGAUAAACAUCGCGAGAUUAAAGCGUCGCAGAAUGAGUCGAAGUGUUACGCGAAAGGAAACCCGCCGUGCCUGUUAAACUCCAAACCCCAUCCAUUUC